CAUAACAGAUGAUAGAUUUACACAAUUUUCUUACCAUGUUGACGUUUUGUGGUUUAUUUGUGCCGCUGAUAGUGAAGAGGUUAACUUCUUAAUCUGAAACUGAAUUUAUAACCAGUAUUUUGGUUAAUAUUGCAAGUGGAGUUGUAGUAUUGUUUUGAAAAAAGUUAAUUGAAGCGUAAAUUAUUUAAUUUAUGAUGAAUAAGCUAACAGAGCUUAACUCAAACGUCGGAUUUCUCCUUAUUAUUUAUAUUUUAUUUAGCAUUUCUUUACAUUAUACUCACGGUAAAGCUGCUGAGUAUGUCACAUGUGGAUCUGUUCUUAAAUUGCUAAAUACAGACUACAAAGUGAGACUACACUCACAUGAUGUUAAAUACGGAACAGGAAGUGGUCAGCAGUCUGUAACGGGGACGGAAUCUCAGGAGGAUGUCAACUCUCAUUGGGUAAUAAAAGGAGAGACAAAAAAACAAUGUGUAAGGGGGGAACCUGUCAAAUGUGGGAGCUCAAUUCGGUUAACACAUCUGGCAACAAAUAAAAAUCUACACUCACAUCACUUCUCUUCACCUUUAUCUGGAAACCAAGAAGUUUCUGCUUAUGGAAAUGAAGGAGAGGGAGACACGGGGGAUCACUGGGUCGUGCUGUGUGAUGGAGAUGCCUGGGAGAGAGACGAGAAAGUCAUGUUGAAACAUGUUGACACUGAUGUCUAUCUGUCAGUCUCUGGGCAGACAUAUGGCAGGCCCAUCAAUGGGCAGCACGAAAUUGUUGGUGUCCAAUGGCCAAACUCUAAUCCUGUUCAUUGGAAGGCGUCAGAAGGUCUCUUCAUCCACCCAAGUGAUUUCAAUCCUAAGAAACAAGUUCAUAUCGAACAUACAGAACUUUAGGCCAACUUGUUCUGUCAUUUGUCAGGACACAAAAGUUUUACUUGUUUUAAAGUACAAGAUAUUGUGGCAUGACAUGUAGUGAUGUUUCAGUAUAACAUGGACAAGUUUAUCAAUUAGAUUCUGGUUUUCCUAUUUUUAAUCAAUUGUUGGGCAUUUAUUUAUUUAUGAACAUUAUUGUGAUAAAAGGGAAAAAAUAUUGUAUUAUUCUUUAAAAGGAUGUGAUUGAAAUUGAUGUGUAACACAUUCCUGUAUAUUGUUCAAAGACUUCGUUAUACAAUACAAAGUGUGUUUGUUUGUCCAAUACUUUGUGUGAAUUGUGAUAGUUAUUUAAAUUGCAGAGUAUUAGCAUAAAGUAUCAGCUUCUAUAGUUGUAUUAUUUAUGACAGUGUAUUGUGUUUUCAACAUGAAUAGUGAAAUAAAUAUUAAAAAUACUUAA